GGCUACACGGCGCUAGAGAGGAGAAUCUCCGUUUUUUCUAUGUAUAUAUCUUCAUGUAAAUAAAAUAUAUACUUUCCCCUUUCAAGCACCUAAGCCGAAACGAGACCAGCUCAUCAGAAAAACUGGAAAAGCUACGGAAGCUGGCCUUUAAUUUUACAUUUUAACUUCGCUACGCUACCGAACGGCGUUUUUCCGCCGUUUUUUUCUUUCGCCCCACUCACUCUCCCCCCGUGAGAGUCGGGGCCUGUGUUUUAGCCACGAGGUACGUCGGACCAGCGGGAAUCGGGAGAUGGCGGAGUUCGGAAACGGACUGGCAGAGGAAUCGCUGCUGGAUUCAGACACUGGUCAUCCGGAGCUGGAGGACCCCGGUGUGGGUGACGAAGAACCAGGACUAGAAGAGGGAGAGGCCGCUAUCGAGGACCCGGAGCUGGAGGCGAUUAAAGCCCGGGUGCGAGAGAUGGAGGAGGAAGCAGAGAAGUUGAAGGAGCUACAGAACGAGGUGGAGAAACAGAUGAACUUGAGCCCUCCACCUGCAGGUCCUGUCAUCAUGUCCAUUGAGGAGAAGAUGGAGGCCGACGGGAGGUCAAUUUACGUAGGAAAUGUGGAUUACGGUGCGACGGCGGAGGAGCUGGAGGCUCAUUUCCACGGCUGCGGCUCCGUCAACAGAGUCACCAUCCUGUGUGACAAGUUCACUGGGCAUCCCAAAGGGUUUGCGUAUAUUGAAUUUGCAGAUAAGGAGUCAGUGCGGACGGCCAUGGCUCUGGACGAGUCCCUGUUCAGAGGAAGGCAGAUAAAGGUGGGCGCCAAGAGGACGAACAGGCCGGGCAUCAGCACCACAGACCGCGGGUUCCCCCGGGCGCGCUUCCGCUCACGGGGAGGGAACUUCGCCUCGUCCCGGGCGCGGUACUACAGCGGAUACACGCCGCCCAGAGGCAGAGGACGGGCCUUCAGGGGCCGAGGGCGAUCGACAUCGUGGUAUUCCCCUUACUAAUAACCCCCCAACCCCCUUACUUUCAACCCCUCUUUAAACUCCACCUCCCUCCCCCCAACAAAAAAAAAAGAAAAAUGCCCCCAAAAUGGAAGAACAACCAGAAGAAAAAAAAAAAAAAGACAAAAAAAAGAAAAGAAAAAAAAAAAAACUUCUGCUGGAGCGAGAAACAGACAGACAGACUGGCCGCAGUGUGCGAUUGUGUGUUGCGUGCGUGUGCGGAGGUGGUGCGGUCACUCUGGUAAGGUAUUGGCGGCCAUGGCGGAGAUUUUGGCGGAUCUCUGAGAAGACGAUGUAAUGUCAGGCUGCAGAUGUGUGUCCUCGUCUGGCUGUGAGACGUGCACUGUCCGUGCACACACACACACACACACACAGCAACGACAGGAAAAAGUAUUGCUAUCGUUUGUAUGGAAGUUAAAUAGUUUUAAGUUGUCGGUACUGGGAGUGUCUUGUAUCACCCUUUUUUUCUGAUGUCUGAAUUUAUCCCCCUGCCUCCCUUUACUCAUGACUUUUGUUCAUCCAUCCCCCCACUCCCCCGGUCCCCUUCCUUAGCUGUGUCCAGGAUCUUCUAAGCCUGGGACGGUCUGAGGAGGACUGGACCAUUUGCUUGUUCUGUGGGUUACACGUUUUAGGUGGGGUCUCAGGGUUUUUGUUUUUAUUUUUGGGAAAGAGCUCUGAUGUACUCCCCUUAGUACUCCUAACAUUCAUGAUUGUAGAAUGCAUGGCCAGAGGUCUGCUUUUUGUUUUGUUUUGUUUUGAUCAGGUCACGCUCCCUUCCAACCUUUUCUCUUUUUUU